GAGAGGGGGGACUGUGGGAGGACAGAAAGAAGGAGGUGAUUGUUUGGGGAAAAAAAUACAUAAAGGAGGAGAGAGCAAGAGUAAGGAGCAAGUGGACGGAAGACGAGGAGAAGAAGCUGCUUCAAAUUUCAAUUGAGAUUACAAACUUUCACUUUGCAAGCAACAGACAGCAUGUCAGCUGCCAGCAGGGUCGGUCCUUUUCCCCCGGUGAUCGUCUGCCUGUUUUUCAUCAGCGGUUGCUCUCCCCUGCCAACGGCAUCACAAGUCGCAGGCACGAAUCCCAUGGGACGGCCGAGGCCACAUGGGUUUUCCAUCGAGGCCCUCCGACUUUCCACAGAAGAUUACUACCAAUUUGAGGACACGACCACCACCCUUGUACCCGGAGGAGGUCCUCCAGAUGUAGUGUCUCCUCAACGAUGCAAAUACGACCCCUGUCUCGAGGGUCAGGUCUCCUGCUCUGUGCUGCGAGAAUCCACCAAAUGCUCGUGUCCGGGGCACACUUUACACAACCAGGCUCCGGAGGCUCCCAACCUCAGAUCGGUGUCCUGGAACGGGUCGGACGUGGUGAUUCAGUGGUGUGCACCUUAUUCCUAUGUCACAACUUAUCUGGUGACAGUAGGGGGCAAGCAGCGGCAGAUCUUUGGGAAGGAAAAAAGGAGUGGGGGGUUGGGCCUCGUAGAAACCAUUGCAGAGGUCUGUGUGGUCGCCGAGAACGAGAGCGGAUCCAGUCCAGGCUCAUGUGUGAUGUACCACCCCAGAGACAGCAGUCUGGCCCUGAAAGCAGGACUCACCGGGGGAGCGCUGGGCUUCCUGCUACUCCUCUUGUUGGCCGUCUUGCUCUGGAGGCACAAGAGGCAAAGGAAACAGGAGGCCAGCAUCUCUAUGCGUGACACUGCUGAUACGCAGUGAACAGAAAACAGAGCCCAGCCGGGCGCUCGGCGAGAUAAGACUUUUUCCCGAGAGACUUUUCGGGGAUAUUGCAGUUAAUUAACUUUGACUCCAUUGUAUCGUCUGAGAUUUGAUGCACGGAGAGGUUUUCUGAAAGCGCAGCAGGAGGGGAGUCUCAUCAUGGAGCAUGAAUGUGUCUGUCUGCUGAUGUUUUACUUCACUCUUAGUGGUGAGGGGGAAAACAAUUAGCCUCCUUAUCUGAUCUAUAUUUUCCAGAAAUUUAAUUCCAGACAACAAACAACAAGAACGUUGGAUAAGGUUUAAUAUAUAUGAGUUUUUUUUCUUUGCAUUUCAAAAAUACACUGUUCUAGCUCUGAAAUAUCAGGAACUUCUGAGCACCUCUUACUUGCUUUAUUUCCAAAACAUCAGCCUUUUAUGAGAGUAGAAAAUAUUUUGUUUUCAGCUUUUCGUCUGUGCAUUUGAUCCAGUUUGUUUUUUAAAACAUUAAGAAUUAGCAAAAUGUACUCACUCAUAAUCCAUAGGAGAUGUUCUGCUUCUCUUUUCACAGAUGACAGAAUUCAACUGAUCAAAAUGAGUUCUGAGCAGAAGAACAACCCGACAGAAAGACACAACCCAAAAGCUGAUGGUUACCAGCCACAUCAUGGCAUCUUAGACAGUAUAUUAUAUUGUUUUGAAGAUUUCUCUGAAAGUCCCUGUUAGAGUUCCUCAUUUUAUGUGUUUAGGCCCAAAUGUGAGCUAUGAGUUGUAUCAUAAUAAAUGUGAUAAUAUCUUUUAUUUAUAUAGCACCAAUAUCAUAAAUAAAAUAUGGUAAAAUUAUCGAAACGUAAGUUUUGAGCUUUGAUUUGAGGGAAGCUAGUGACUCAGCCUUUCUUUUAAAAGCUCUGUCGCCCUUAGUCUUCAGCAGAGACUAUUUGUAUCAUGAUCACCAUUAGAUUCAAAGUAAAGGUUGGAGAAACUGAGUUCAGUUUAAAGCAAUGACACUUGUUUGUGGAAAGGGCUGAAAUGUGACUGGGCUGAGAGUUUUUACAGCUCUGGGGACGGGUGAGUUUUUCCAUCUGUCUUGUAGUCGGAAGUUGUGUCAGCGCACUGGAGGAGCACUGGUCUCCAGUGCUGUUUUCCCAGCUGUCAUACAAUAGCUUUCAGCGGAUCUGGAUUUUGUGAGCCUCCUCUCAUUCCAGCUCAGAUUUCCAGACUUCCAGAACUGGGUGAGAAGCUUCGGGCAUUUUCUUUUUGGCCAUGAUGAGAAGGGGAAGAAAGUCCAAUAUUUAAAUCCACCCUGUUUAUCUCAAAUUCAAGCCUGCAUGUCUCAAAGCCAUGUUUUAAUUCCUUUUCGCUCCGCUUGCUGCCACAGAGUCGUUCCACCGCCCCUGGCUUUUUUCCUUUUCCAACUGCACGGCACAACUUACACCA